AAACAGCAACGUUUGUUUGUCUUUGUUGAACUCAUUAAGUAGGUCAUAUCGCUAUCGUCUGAAGAAUUUCUUUUCAUUCUCUUUCAUCAUCCGAUUUCAAAGCGAGGAAGAACGUUUAGGCUAUAUUAACGAAGAUUGAAGAAUUGUUGAUGUUGACUAAACAACAACGCACUCCAUCAUACAGCAUCAAAUGGCAAAGGCAGACCAAAAUUUGAGACGGUUUUCCAGGAGAAAGCUUUUAGAUUGUAGAACAGAAUGUGAAAUUAACUUCAAAGAAGACGUCUCAGCUGUUAUGUGAGAGUUAUGCAGUGGAAUAUUCUUGCCGAUGCACUCAGCUAUUCAACACCAACGAAAAACUUUGUAAAAUGCACACCUAAUAUUCUCAAAUGGCCUGAUCGCCAGCAGCGAAUUCUUCAUGACGCAUUAUUGUAUUCGCCUGACUUACUCUGCCUUCAAGAGGUCGACCACUUUGAGGAUUAUUUUGCACCGCAACUCGAAAUGCGAGGUUACGUAGGUAGCUUUGCACCGAAGCCUAAUUCUGUAUGCUUACGCGUACCUGGUCAUAAUUCCCCUGAUGGUUGUGCGUUAUUCGUAAAAAGCAACAACUUCGAGAUAAAUAAAAUCAAGAAAAUUAUACUCAAAGAUGGCAAAGGCGUAAUUUCCAAUCAAGUUGCUCUUCUUGCCAUUGUCACAAGGCGCCGAUGUAACAGUAGACUCCUGGUUGCAGUCACUCAUCUUAAAGCAAAGGAAGGAAAUGAGAAAUUACGGCUGGAGCAAGGCAGGGAUCUUCUUUCACAAAUAAAACAAAUGAAAUCUGCCGAAGGAAACGACGCUGUACCGUUAGUGGUUUGUGGAGAUUUCAACGCGUCGGCCGGAGAACCUGUUUAUCAGGAGAUGGAGGAAAUUGGCCUGUUAAGUAGUGCUUACAAGUCUUCAACAAACAGCGAAGCUCCAUACACAACAUGGAAGUUCAGACCAAAAGAGGAAGUGUGCCAUACCAUUGACUACGUGUGGCAUUCCUCGGAACUUGUUCCUCGACAUUUCCUAGCAAUUCCGUCAAAGGAUGUUAUCGGAGCGGCUGCUUUGCCUAGUGUUGAAUUUCCUUCCGACCACUUGCCGCUUCUCUUUGACUUUGAAAUCCUUGGCAAAUAAUUUGAAUCGUUUUGCGUAAUAGAUUCCAAACAAACAAUGAUACAAAGAUAUGUUGAGAAAAAGUCCUUUGUAAAAAUAACGAAAAUGAAAGAUGGGGAGAUGGCAGCUUUAGUGUGCUGUUCACAGAUUAAGUAAAAUGAGAGUGACAAGAAGUGCGAAGGCUACAAGACUGAGCAGUACUUUUGUCAUCUGAAGUACACUUAAAAAUUCUUUUAUCGAUUCUUAUAAAACGUUGUUCAAUGAAAACCAUUAAUUCACAUUAUAAUUCAUGUUUUAUUAA